UUUUUUUUCCUCCAGUUUUUUUCUAUCAGACAGAUUCAGUGUCGAAGAGGAUCAGAGGAAGAAUUCAGAGAAGAGAAGAGUGAGUUGUCUUUGCUCUGAGCCAUGGACUGGAAGACUUUUCAAGGCCUUCUCAGUGGGGUCAAUAGAUAUUCCACCGCGUUCGGCCGGAUCUGGCUCUCUGUGGUUUUUGUGUUCAGAGUGAUGGUUUACGUUGUAGCGGCCGAGAAAGUUUGGGGCGAUGAGCAGAAGGACUUUGACUGCAACACCAAGCAGCCGGGCUGCUCGAAUGUCUGCUACGACUACUUCUUCCCCAUUUCCCACAUCCGACUGUGGGCUCUGCAGCUCAUCUUCGUCACUUGUCCGUCGUUGAUGGUCGUCAUGCACGUGAAGUACCGUGAUGAGCGCGAACGCAAGUAUUGUGUGAAGCAUGGAGCUAAAGCCAAGCUCUACGACAACACGGGGAAGAAGCACGGUGGGCUGUGGUGGACGUACCUGAUCAGCCUUUUUGUCAAGACCGCCAUCGAGAUCACCUUCUUGUACAUCCUCCAUCACAUCUACGACAGUUUCUACCUGCCACGGCUGGUGAAGUGUGAAGUCCAGCCGUGUCCCAACAUUGUGGACUGUUACAUUGGCCGACCCACAGAGAAAAGAGUCUUCACCUACUUCAUGGUCGGAGCUUCGGCACUCUGCAUAGUGCUCAGUGUCUGUGAGAUCAUCUAUCUGAUCUCCAAACGAGUCAUUCGCUGUGCCAACAAGUUUAAGAGACCCCACAGAAGUAGCACACCACUUGAUGGACGAUACCGAGACGAGGACACCAACUGCACCCUUCCUAUGCAUGAGUUGGACAGCAAACCCCAUUAUAAGACGGAGUCUAAACCAGACUUUAAGAAUGAGUAUAAACCUGGGUCUAAACCGCAGUUUAAAUCUGAAGUCAAGCCAACAUUUAAGCCAGCCUACAGGUUGAGCGUGGACAUGAGAGCUUCUGCUCCAAAUCUCUCAGUACCUAUGUACAAGUUACAGUCUGAUAUCCUCUAAAGAACAUGUUUCCCUCUGCGUCAAGUAUUUACAAAGUCACCCAGAGUUAUAAAACAGGCUUUGAAGGUCUGGAGAUUCCCAAAGUCUUUCAUUGUCCAUCAAGACCUUUUGAACUGCCAGUCUUGGGUGUUUGUCAUUUUGCAGAAGGUUCGUGAAAUUCUGUAUGCCAGAUACAUUUCCCUUGAAAAUAGCAGGGAUACAAUGUUUUGCCUUAUGGUGAAGUGGGGAUUAAUCAGUAUUGUGAUUUCACUGCUACCUGGGUUCAAACCUGGAAUAACAGCCUAGUUCCUUUAGGCUUCAAUAACAGCUCAAAUGACUGCAUUAUCACCAUGAUCCUAAGAACUAGUGCUGACGAAAUCAUUCCUUUUCUUCUGAUUCAUUCUUCUCAUUCAUUUCUUAGAAAGAACAAAGGCGAAAACUCACGAAAAAGCAAAAGAGUAAUCAAAUAACCAGGAAGGCAUUCAUGGAGAACACACCUUACAAAACCCACCUCCGCCUUCACACGCACAAAGAACGAUAGGAGGAAGAGUGUGAAACCUUGUAUGUGAGAUGUAAUGAAAAUGACUCAUGGGUCAUUGAUUGUUUACUAUCAUUUCUCAAUGUCCUGGAUUUGUAGUAAAGAUCAGAACCAAGUUUCAUAGUUGAAGCUGUUUUGACUAUCACAGUUUCAGAGAGAUCAUAGUUGAUGUUUAUGUGCGAAGACUCCUGAACUCUAUCUGAACUCAAAUUCUUAUGCUGGAAAAAUGAGUGGUAUAUAAAAUAAACCACAGUGUCUAAAGAUGGACAACAAUGGAAAGUUUUUCUUCUACUAUGUGUUGUAAAAGACUGUGGACUAACCUCUUCUGAUCUACACUUGGCAAGCAUUUGUAAGAAUCUGACUUUGUUCAGACUUGCUGUUAUGAUCGUGUUACAUAUUUUUGCUGAGAUGUUUCAUGCUGCAUACCCUGCCUUUGUAUAAAAAAAAAUUUCAAUCAAUGCACUGACAUAUUAUUUUAUGAAAUAUCUUCAGGUUAUUGUUUAAAUAGCUUUUGUGACAAUAUGAGAUGGUUUUGUAAAUUGAGGAAGUUUUGAAAAUGUAUUCAUUUUGAUACUCUGUAAAUAAAGUAUAAAAGAAC